AUGACUGAAAAUAAUUCACUCAACGAAUAUAGUAAUAGCUCUAAAAACAGUGAUAUUAUUGAACCAGUUCCAUAUGAUGUGAAUGCUAUUCAUCCUACUCCAAGCAGAAAAUCUGUUUCAAGGAGAGGAUCUGAUGUUGCAUCUAUGAAUCCUUCUGUUGAAUCAAACGUGUACUUAGCUAGACAAAUUUCAAAAAUCCAAACAGAACCAAUUACUCGUAAAGAUAGUCAAAAUAUUGAUAUAGAAGCUGGUCCUCACAGUACUACUGGGUAUUCUUCAUCGGGAUCCUUAAGUUUGGUCACUGAAAAACCAUCAAUGAAAGAUUUUGUCAAUGAAAAGGACUCUUCUAUCUCUGAUGAAGAAGUUACAAGAAUGUUAACUAAGGUUGAUUACUCUGAUGUCCCACCAAUGGGUGGAGAUAGACCAUACCCACCUGCACUUCCCUCCAAGGAUCUUUAUGAAGUUACUUUUGACGGUCCAAAUGAUCCUUUGCACCCUUUCAAUUGGACAAGUAGAAGAAAAUUUAUUACUUGUUGUGUUUUAUGUAUUGACUGUAUUUCAAUUUCCUUAGGUUCUUCUAUCUACGCUCCAGGUGUUACUCAAAUAUCUGAAGAUUAUGGUGUUAUCACUGUUGUUGCAAUUUUGGGUGUCACCUUAUACGUUUUAGGUUUUGCUGCUUCACCUGUCUUAUAUGCACCAUUAUCUGAAUUGUAUGGUAGAAGAGGUGUCUUAGUUUUAUCUGGUUUGGGAUUUGCUAUAUUCCAAUUUGCUGUGGCAACUGCUGAAAAUUUGCAAACCAUUAUGAUUUGUAGAUUCUUUGGUGGGUUAAUUGGUGCAGCUCCGAUGGCCGUUGUCCCUGCGGUUUUUGCAGAUAUGUUUGAUACCAAUUUCCGUGGUAAAGCCAUCUGUUUAUUCUCUGCCUUCGUCUUUAUUGGCCCAAUUCUGGGUCCUAUUAUUGGGUCCUAUAUUGUUCAACAUACAACAUGGAGAUGGUUGAAUUAUGUUAUUGGUUGCUUAGCUGCUGCUGUUUUUGUUGCAAUUUUGUUCCUUGUUGAAGAAACCCAUCAUGCUUCUAUUUUGGUGAAUAAAGCUAAAAUGAUGAGAAAAAAAACUGGUAACUGGGGUAUUAGAGCUGCUCAUGAAGAUGCUGAAUUAUCUGUGAAAGAAAUUAUGGAAACUACAAUUACUAAACCAAUUGUCAUUUUAUUUACUGAACCUGUUUUGUUUUUGAUUUCUUUAUACAAUUCAUUUGUCUAUGGUAUUUUAUAUCUUUUACUGGAAGCUUAUCCAAUUAUUUUCAUCCAAGGGUAUGGUUUGACAGUUAACGGGUAUUUGCCAUACUUGGCCUUAAUUGUCGGUAUUAUCAUUUGUGCAGGUAUGAUUUGGUAUGCUGAUACUGAUUAUUCCCAGCAAGUAGCUAAGCAAAAGAAAUUGUUGCCAGAAAGGCGUUUGUAUCCAAUGAUUGUUGCAGGUAUUGUUUUCCCAAUUGGUAUUUUAUGGUUCUGUUGGACUGGUGCAUAUCCUGAGAAGAUCCACUGGAUUUGUCCUACUAUUGCUGGUUCUUUCAUUGGGUUUGGUUUAAUUGGUAUUUUCUUGCCAUGUUUGAAUUACAUUAUUGAAUCAUAUUUAUUUAUUGCUGCUUCUGCAGUUGCUGCUAACACUUUUAUGAGAUCAACAUUUGGUGCUGUCUUCCCAUUGUUUGCCGGGUACAUGUUUAAAGGCAUGGGUACAGGUUGGGCCGGUCUAUUAAUUGGGCUGUUUGCAGCUGCUAUGAUACCUGUACCCUUCUUACUAUUGAAAUAUGGUCCAACCAUUAGAAAGAGAUCAAAGUACGCUUAUAGUGAAUGA